AUGAAAUUCUUUGAAUUCAUCUUUUUGAGGAGAAAGCUGGAACAUGAUAAAGACAACAUUAUCAACAACCUUGAGAUUGCCAAAAAGAGAGGUAGACCCUUGUGGUUGGUUUUAUUCCCAGAGGGCACAGUUAUCUCGGACAACACACGCCUCAAGUCUAAAGAAUUUGCAGCUAAACUUCACAUGGAUGAUUACAAAUUUACGCUCUUACCAAGAACCACCGGAUUGAUGCUAUGCAAGGAGACGCUGGGCGAUAGUGUAGAAUGGCUGUAUGAUCUCACAGUUGGUUACCCUGGCAUUGAGCCUGGACAGAAUCCCGAAGAUGUCAUGACCAUGAAGCGCAUCUUUUGUGAAGGAAAUGGGCCUCAUGAAAUCCAUAUUCACAUGCGUCGCUACCGUUUGGCGGACUUGCCGACAGACACUGAAAGCUUUAUACAUUGGUUGUUGGAUAGAUGGACAGAAAAAGACAAGCGACUCAUCUACUUUAACGAGCACGGCAAAUUCCCAGAGGAGAGUGAUUUGGAUAACGAUCGCAUCUACAAUGGAAGAACUGUCAAGAUCCCCAUUCAGUUACAAAAUACAUUGAAAGAGUGCUACGGCUAUUGGCUUUAUCUACUCAUCUACAUACCUAUCGUUUAUGCAAUGUUGCAUCUCACGCGCUUUGCAUACACUACUUUUGUUCAAUCACUUUAA